GCAGGACUUUUACACUGCCCACUAUUUCUACACUGAGUUUGCAUAGAUCAAACAAAUCGGAGACCUCCUUCCACCGCUGCAUUCGGAUUAGCCAGCACGCGCAUUAGCCCCCACGGUGUAUACCUCCUUCUGAACUGCUGACGCGUGUAGUUCACACUCCGGGGCAGCAGGUGGCGCGUCAGCCUGGCUGGCAGAUACUGUCUUUAAGAGGCGAGUGUGUGGAGCGACGAGGAAGAGCCGCUGCGCUGUGUGUCGCAUUCAGCUUUGACCCAAUCGACGGUCGAUUAUUCACUCCGUUCCAAAGAUGGUCCGACCACAUUUUGGACCACCACGCACAAAGCCCAGACCCUACGGAGAUGGUCACGACAUCGGGCAGAGUGAAGGGAAUUACAACCACAACAAAAGUCGAAGAGAUGCCCAAAGCUACCCAGUAAAGACCCCUUUUAACUGGAGAGAUUCCAGAGGUAGAGGACGCCCCCCAGUUGUCAAGAGAGUCCCCCUGAUGGGAGAGCAAAGGGAGCCACGUUUCAAUCACAUGAGGUCCCCGAAUCAGGAUUCCUUUCAAUCGUACCCUCACAAAAUGGAACCACAUCAUAGCCAGAGGAGGCCCUCUCCAUCUAGGCCAAACCGCCCCCCUCAUGAUCAGCACCAGUCAUCCUCUCGCAGUCCUGCACAAGGAUCCCCUGGUCAAAGGGGUCCACCUUUCCAUGGCCAACACUCAGGGCACAGGUCACCCUCCCCAAGACAUUUUCGUGGCCACCCAGCUGAUAGGAGGCCAAACUCUUCACAAGCCUACCGGGGGUCUUACAGGGGCCCCAGAAGGCAGUCAGGCUUUCCCCAUCAGGAGCAGCGGAGUCGAGAUCCUCGUGGGAAUUUCAAUCCCAGAGAACGGCCCUAUGAGCCCUCAGGUCAUGGCAUGAAGCGCUGGAACGAGGCUGGGCCCUUCUCUCAUCCACACAGUGGAGAUCACAGGCCCUCAGGGUCACAGAGGAGCCCCAGAGAGAUGCAUGGGAGAGGCCCGUGUCCAGAGAGGUACAGGAGUGAAGCAACUAUCCCAGCGGGGUGGUCAUCUGAGCAAGACUCCAGGCGUCAGCGUGGUCCCGUGGAGAGGCAGGGCAGCAGAUCCCACAGUAGAGAGAGGGCACAAGAUGUCCCUCACCAGCUCCCUUUCAGACCUCCCCCGUGGAAAGGGGGUCCAUCACCAUCAUCGUCCUACCACAGGAGCCCUCAGGACCGGCAAAUGGCAGGACCCCGCAAGAGGAGGAUGUCCGACAUCAGCAUGUCCUGUGCAGACCCAGCACCAGAGCAUGGCAACCCAAAACAUCUCAGGAGAGAGAGGCCUCAGCUUCUGAGUAUUCCCAGGCCAUUUGGUGGUAAACCCUUUUCUCCUAGGGAUAAAAGUUACCCAGUGAAGAGCAGACCAAUCAGAGCAGAGUCUCUCAUGGGGCUCAGAAUACCCCCAUCAGUGAAACCCAGGCCUCGUCUGGGCGACUUCACCCCACAGGGAAACAUCAGCUCUGUUCUUGCUAUCAGGAAGCGACGUUUCCAGUCAAAUCCAGUUCCCCUGAAUACUCUGGAAACAAGGAGGGAAAAACCAGAAGAGUCCCCUUCCAGAGAUGAUGGCAAUGACAGCAAGUCUUCAGGAGACUCUGACUCGAGCAAAGAACAGGUGGAGUCUCGCCGGUCCGUGAACCCGCACAGAUCCUCUCCCAUAGAGAAACGUGACCUUGUCAUUUUGUCCCACUGGCCACCGGGGCCAAGCUCCUCCUCAAAAGACGGCACGCCACCCAAAGAUCACAGCCCAAAGUCCAAUACUGAACACAGCUCGGAUGCAGAAGCCACUCCAGACAGCCGACUCUCGAAGACAAACUAUUCCAGAUCAUUUCCCGAAGACAGAAAUAGGGGGCAUUUCGAUAGGAGGAUCAUCAGGCCGUUUAAUGUGAUGCAGGACGGCAACAGAUCAUGGAGGCCCUUCAGAAGACCAGGACCACCACCCAUGCAGAGACCAAAGUUCACUGGUGGUCCAAGGAACGCUGGUCCUGAACUGUCCGGAAACGUGAGAAGACCACUCAUGGAGAGCUUGGUGCCGCGUCCCUUCCCAAACCAGAGGCCAGUGUUCAGAAAAAGUCACACCAUCAUGUCCAAAUACCGCAACAUGAGAGUGAUGCGUCAGCGUGCGCCGUACAACCGAGGACCCAACCAACAGCGCUGGUGAAUGACCUCUGCACGAGUCCCACAUUCUGGGGACGUGACACUGGAAAGACGUGGAGAUCUUCUCUGCUGGGUGGACUGCACACACCCUACUCUCAGUACAGUCCGAACCUGCCUGUAUACUAUGGAAGUGUUGUUGCUCACACUUGUUCUCUGAUACUAGUGUUUCAGUUGCAAUUUUGAAGUACUGCAGUACUUUGAUCUAGAAUAUUUGUAACAUACGGCAUCAUAUGAUUUUCUAGUGUCUUGCAUUUUUUUCUGAUGCAUUUUUGAGAAUAUCUGCUUGUGGUUUUUGCAGGCAUUAUUUGACCUGGUAUUAGCAUUUUUGUUUGUUUACCAGUCCAGCAACAAUCAAGUCGAGUCCAAGAAAUGUUUACUUUAACAUCUCCUCUUUAUCGUUUGUAAAGACUUGUCACAUGAACGUGAGGUGUCUUAUUUGAUUAUGGGGUCACGGCUUGUCAACUGACACUUUUCAACUACAUGUGUAACACUUGUAUAAUCACCUAUUUGGUUUUUUGUUUGAGACUAGAAGUAAACUGGAUUUAACAAGCAA